AUGGGCGUGCACCGAUGCACGCGAUGUGUACCGCCUCCACCGUUUUUUGUGCUGGUGCUCAGUAGCUUCAGAGUUCCGACAAGUGCGGCCCUGUGGACUGCGAGAGGUGCGCGGCAUGCGUCUCCAGAAGAUCCUCCAAAGAGAGAGGUGGUAGUCAAGCAAAUCCGAAACGAUAUCACAGAAGUGGGCUCGGAAAUAAGGGCCGUAUUCAAUUCCAGUAUAUCUAAGGCAGUUGCUGACGACUUUGACAGAUUUGGUUACAUAUGGAUGGGUGGAUGGCGCGUCAGGUGGCCUGUGCUCAUCGUUGAACUGAGUGAGCUUUUCAUAUGUCUCGCGUGGUUAGUAUAUUAUGCCGUCUUUCUGCAUAAGGAUGAGAAUCCGCAGAUUUUGAGAGAUUGGCAUGCCAGGGUUGAUCAUCACGAUUAUGUGGGAAGCCCGUUACGAGGAUGCGCCAACAUCAACCGUGAGGAUUCCGCCGAGCUGGAACCAGACCUCGUGCUCGUAUUCCAUCAUCCAGACGCCGCCCAUCCAGACGACCUUCAGGACAUGUCGCUGGAAGACGUGAUCCAUGUGAUUCAUCCAUCCCUUCGGCUGGACCACAAAAGCGCGUCAAUCCCGUUGGACGCCGUGCUCUCCAGGAUGUUGUCCACGCUCGGCGUGCAGGCGUCGGAGUUGUGGAGCGAUCAGGGAGACGCGGAGACCGACCGCUGGAAGCAGAUUUUGAGUCGAAGUGUUCGCCAGCCCAGGCGGCAGCUGCGGACAUGUUUCCUGCAAGAUGUGGUUCAACUGCUGAGCGAGAAUAUGCACUUCCACACGGAGGCCUUCCGGUCAGAGAGCGGCACGGGGCUGCACGUGGCCGUCAGUUUGAGGAGCCCGGAGGUCACGCGCCAUUACAUCGCCAAGAACGACAUGUACUUGCAGAUCAGGCAGGACGUGAUAAAGGAGCUCGGGGUCCACCAGCCCCGCGACGAGUUCGCCUCGUCGCCGCCCUACAUCCCCUACGACACGAAGGUCGUGCGCGAGCUGUUCGCCGCUGGGAGGCUCCCCUCCGAGGACGAGCACAAGCUCUACAAGAAGGUGGGCCCCAUGUCGUCUCGCAACCGCUUCCGCGUCAUCCACAACGAGCUCUCUGGACUCGUGGACCUCGACGCCGCGAAGGAAGCGCGAUUGAUUUUGGACUGGUACCCGUCGCACGAGAGCGCCAAGCUGGACAGGCUCUUCGACGUCUGGGGCGAUUGGCGCAACCUGGGGAUGGCCCAGCCGCUGCCCUGGAUCCGCGAGUACUUUGGGUCCAGGGUCGCCUUUCAGUUCGCCUGGAAUGGCCUCUACACGAGAGGGCUCCUUGCCCUGAUCCCUGCGGCGCUGCUGUUUGAGCUUGUGGAUAUGAGGCAGCUCCAUGGCCACAAGCGCACCAUGCCAGUUUUCGGCCCGGCGCUCGUCAUUAUCGUUUGGUCGACGGUCCUCCGGGAGGUCUGGGAUCAAGAGCAGCAUUUUUUCACCACGUUUUGGAGCCUCGAUACUGAGCGUAUGCGUCGAGCCAUGCGCCCGCAAUUCAGGGGAUCUCGUCGACCUGCGCACUACGACAAUAGCAUGUUCGAGUUGCACUGGCCCCAUGGGCGCACUUCGUCAUACGCGUUUCGAAGAUUCGUAUCGAAGGUGGUCAUGUUCGCGUUCUGCUGCAUGGUUGCGCCAAGCAUCGCCUGGUGGUAUCACACAUUUUCCCAUGAUAUGAACAUGGUCGCGUCCCUCAUUUUGAGUGUGCAAAUCGCUGUGUUGGACAAAGUGUGUGCCUAUGUUGUACGGGGCUUGACUGAUUGGGAAAAUCAUAAGUUCCAGGAUGCGUAUUUUGAUAGCUUUAUAUCGAAGAUGUUUCUUUUCCAAUGCGUCAACCACUACCUGCCCUUCAUCUACUUGGGUGUGAGGCAGGAGUUCCUGAUGCACGGCAACUGUGGGGAAGAGGUGUGCCUUUCUGUUCUGCGAAAGCAGUUGUGUUUGAGGCAGUGUAUUUGUCUUCUGGACUGUAUCUUCGCGUUCCUCGAUUCGGUGGCCCAUGUGGAGUGGCAGCUCCGCUGGAGGCGUGUGAAGUUACCGCUGUUGGAGGCGCAGUCUUACUUCGGGGAGUACCGCACCUUGCAGCAGUAUCGGCACACCAUGCGGCUGCUAAUACCCUUAGGCUCUUCGCUGAUAUUUGGAGCCGUUGCCCCGAUCAUGGUGAUCAUCAAUUUUCUCGUCUUCGCCGUGGAGCUCAGGUGUCAGGCUUACCUGCUGACGACCUACUACAAGCGGCCCGUCCCCCGCAUCAUGCAGGGCAUCGGAGAGAUGAAGCACAUCGUGGAGCGGCUGACGUUCCCUGGGCCGCCUAGGUUCAUCGGGACGCUGACCUCGAGCACCUUGGUGGUCUUAUUCGGCGACCUUUUCAAAGAUUCGCACAACCAGGCCAAGGUGGCGGGCUGGUGCACCUUCUACUGCCUGGCGAUCGCGAUCCAGGGCGCCGUUGAAUGGGCCAUAAAGGGAGAGAGCGAGGACCUGCCGGGCGGGUAA